UACCAGUCCGACUGUCGUAGCCCCCCUUACUCCAACGCUUCAGCCUAUUAAUAUUUCCGUCAGCCAAAACGAAAAAAAAAUCAUCAGCCCGUUUCUUGUCCUUACCAUCACGAUCCACCGUACUACCAUUUGGUCAAGCCCAAAAUGUCUAAUAAAGCCAUUGCUGUGUACUGUGGAUCCAAAGUUGGGAAUCAGCCCGCGUUUGUACAUGCCGCUGAUUCACUCGGAAAGGCGCUGGCGAGAUACAACAGGCCCUUGGUCUAUGGUGGAGGCCAAAAAGGCAUCAUGGGUGCUGUAUCGAACGCUGUAGCAGAGAACGGCGGUAGGGUAACGGGUAUCGUACCUUUCGCAAUGGUCGCCGGGGGAGGCGAAGGGAGCAAAUCCGAUCCAACAACAUUGGUUGUCAUUCCCAAUGGACAGAACACCCAGGUCAAAACAAUCAUCGUGGAAUCCAUGCACGAGCGAAAAGUUGAGAUGGCGAGACGUGUCGGGGGAUUCGUCGCGUUGCCUGGUGGGUUCGGAACGUUCGAGGAGGUUCUGGAGGUCUCAACUUGGACUCAGAUUGGUAUUCAUAGAAAACCUGUCGUCCUUUUAAAUGUCCGGUCAUUCUAUGAGCCUCUUAGACAAAUGAUCAAAAACGGAGUUCGGGAAGGAUUCAUUGACCCUGUCAAUGAAGACAUCGUUGUCUUUGUUGAUGGUCCGUCUUCAAUUGAUGAACAUGAUAGCUUCGACUGGGGGAAAGCCGCACUUGAAGCCAUUGAUUCUUGGUAUAUCGAGGCUUUGAAGCCUAUGUUUGACUGGACGAAGCGGCACGAGGAGGGAGACGACGAUAAAUUGAAGGCAACCUAGACGUUUCGGUGUCACAGAGUCCUGCUAUUAGACGACACUCUUUAUUGCACUCACUGGAAACUCGCGUCCUGCAAGCAUAGAACCAUCGACACAAUCAAAGACUGAUAUGCGUGAACUCUCGCGC